AUGAAUGUUUCUAGGUGGGAGUGCAACACACUUCCACAUCCCCUACAACCUGACUCCAGCUCUUGCGGCGUGUUUGCCAUAAAGUUUGUAGAGAACAUACUGACGGGCCAACCACUUGUUUUUCCUGCUGGACGUAGUGAUGUGGAUGCACUACGUUGGCAGAUUGCAGAAACUGUCCUGGAGGCAUCAGAUGACUUGACAGACAUCUGCUGCAUCUGUGGACAGGAAGAUGUGGACGAGGAAGAUGUGGACGAUCCAAACGACACAAAGAGCAUCAUUUGGGUAUAA